AAAUCGAUAAUUUUGGUUAUGUCCAUUACUAAAUUGCUCGGAUGCUAAAUUUAUGCUGGUGGAUUUAGCGGAAGGUUUAAAUUUGGAAAUAUAUUGUGUUGGUGGGCUUUUAUACUUUUAUUCCGAUCAAAAUCAAGAGAAAGAGUUUAAUUAAAGUAAUUUCAAAUACAAUUUGAAUUCAAUUAAAUAACAAGUUUUGUUUCAAAAUGUCUGAGUUGCAAUCGUCUUUGCUUUUAAAAAAACAAUUGGCAGAGUUGAACAAAAAUCCCGUUGAAGGAUUUUCGGCCGGACUGAUUGAUGAAAAUGAUAUAUUUCGAUGGGAAGUUCUCAUCAUAGGACCACCAGAUACACUUUACGAAGGAGGCUUUUUCAAAGCACACUUAUAUUUUCCAAAAGAAUACCCUCUUCGUCCUCCCCGCAUGAAGUUUGUGACAGAAAUUUGGCAUCCUAAUAUUGAAAAGAACGGUGAUGUUUGCAUUUCAAUUUUGCAUGAACCUGGCGACGAUAAAUGGGGUUAUGAAAAGGCAUCUGAGCGUUGGUUGCCAGUGCAUACUGUUGAAACAAUUUUGAUAUCUGUGAUAUCAAUGUUGGCUGAUCCUAACGAUGAAUCUCCAGCUAAUGUUGACGCUGCUAAAGAGUGGAGGGAAUCAUAUCCGGAGUUUAAGAGAAAGGUUGCCCGAUGUGUCAGAAAGAGUCAAGAAGAAUGUUCAUAGAGAUUUGCGUUAUUUUAUAUAUUUAUAAAAAAAUUUGGUACAUUAAAAUCAGUUAUUUAGUUUUUGUCACAUAACUAGAUAAUGUCGUUACUGCGGCACAAUUUGCUAAAUUGAAAAAU